AUGACCCUAUUACAAACGUUUACCUUUAUCCUGUCUUUGACAUCUUCUUUUGCUAGGGCGAACUUGAAAUGUCGCCCUGAAGGUCCUGUUCUUCCACGGCCUACAGCCCUCGGUGAAUCCGCCACCUUCAAAGAAGCAGCAGCCAACCUGACCGACACCCUUGACGCUGCCGUCUCCGGAUCCAUCACUGCAGGUUGGCCCGUGAAGAAUGUCUCAUUUUCGCUGGCCGUGAUCAGCGCCGACCAAGACAAGCCGGGCGUUCCCAUCUGGGAGUAUCACCAUCUCGCGUCUGCUAAUGAGAACGGCACCAAGGAUCUCGACAGGGAUUCGCAGUAUCUCAUCGGUUCGGUUUCCAAGGUUAUUGCUAGCUAUGUGCUCUUGAAGAGUGGUGUUGAUCUGGAUGCCCCGGUGACUGAGUUUCUCCCGAAGCUGGGUGAUGAGAAGUCGACCAUCCAGUGGAGGGGUGUGAGCUUGAGGAUGUUGGCUUCGCAUCUUAGCGGUGCACCUGCAAAUUACGGCUUCUCUGAAUUCUACGUCUUAAAGGAGGUCUUCCUCUCCAUCGGCUUUCCACCAGUCGAGGACAGCGCCUACCCACCCUGUGGUGUUAUAGGACUCAACAAAGGGUGUUCGCAUCAAGAUUAUUUGACCGGAAUGACAACGUCGUAUCCCCAAACGGUGCCGAAUGAACGCCCGGCCUACUCAAACAUGGCCUUUGUCAUUCUCGGCAUGGCCCUGGAAGAAUACACUGGAAAGAACUUUACCCAGCUUGUGAAGGAGAUCGUUUCCGAUCCUCUGGAUCUUAAGAGUACCUAUCCUUCCCCUGGGGAUUCCGAAAAGGCUGUCAUUCCGCCUGGUGAGAGUAGCUGGGGCGCAGACUACAAGGAGAAUACGCCGGCGGGUGGACUGAUCUCUUCACUCUCCGAUCUUUCCAAGUUCUCAUAUGCUUUGCUCUCGCGGACCAUCAACCUCACUUCCACCGAGGUCAGCGCCUGGCUGAAGCCAGUCGCCUUCGCUGGCAAUGAGCACACCAUGACGGGGAUGCCAUGGGAGAUCCUUCGCUCUUCGAAGCUUACCCCAGACCAUCCUCACACUGUCACCAUUUACGGCAAGAGCGGUGGUGCUCAGAACUACAGAAGCCAACUCGACUUUGUCGACGAAUAUGGCUUUACUGUGGUCCUUCUCACAGCUGGGCCAAUGAAGGCAGCGCCGAUCCUGAGAGAUGCCAUGCUUUCUACGUUUGUGGCUGCUGCAGACAAGGUAUCAAGAGGGCAGAGAGAAAAGUAUGAGCAAAGGUUUACAAACGAGGGAGACAAGAGUCAAGUUCCCGUCGAAGCGUCCCUCAAGCAGGACAAGGACUCGAUGGUUCUAUCUUCACUUCGCCGCAACAACACGGACAUUUUAGCAGGUCUCGCCAAAAUCUGGACCUUUUCCCUUGGCGAAUUUCUCCCUACAGUUGGUCCAAACAUUCGCGUCUUUCCAGGCGACCUCCGCGAGAAGGCGACCCUCAACGGCAAGCCCGUCACCAAGGAGGUCUGGCAUCUCUGGCCUGAUAUCGGCUCAGACUUCAAGACGGAUCUGCCUGGUAAGAUGAUUGAGGGCAUGAACUGUAUCGGCUGGACGAUUCAGGAUUGGGUUCAUUAUGGAGGAGAGCCGUUGGACCGGGUGGUGGUUUAUGUGGGAGAGGAUGGUGAUGUUGAGGGACUCGAGGUGCCGUUUUUAAGAUCGGGGGUUUUGUACCCUUCAUAA